CUUGGCCCUUCUUCCCUAACCCAGGCUGCUGGGAAACUUGGGAAGAGGAGAGACACUCCAAGCUCCCAACACAGCACCUUGCCAGAAAGAGGACAUACGUGUAUGUGUUUAUGUUUUCUAUUGAACAUCUCUUUGGAGACCUGGGCUAAAUUUUCUGAAUCUAAAAUAAAAAAUACCAAGUUAUCUUCUCUUAGAGGAGGGACUGCAGCUGGAACCGAAACAGCUGUGGAGAGGCAAAAUUGUACGCACCCAGAUUGGGAAAUUAAAGCCAGAUGGGGUAGAAGUGAACUCGGUCAGCACCUGCCCCCUGCCUCGGGCCGAGGACCCUCCCCAGUCUCAUGCCAGUGCUGCCAGCUGGCUCUGAGGUGGGAAUUCCUGCACUGAGUGAGCUGCAGUGCCUUCAGCUGCAGUAGAAGCAGCCCAGAGGAGAAAAAAACAAAACCAAACAAAUGAGAACCAGCUGCAAGGGCCCUUUAAAUGCCUAAGCCUCACCCCCUGAGUCUGCCCUGCCCUGCCGGGAAGUCAUCUCUAGGGCUGGGUGAAGCAGUUUCCUGAUCUGAGGACUCUGUUGCAGCCAGCCACACUUCUGGAUGUGAGUACUUCAUACAGGCCUCAAAGCCCCAAACCAGUUGGUGGGACCUUGUGUCCUUCAAGACCCUCUCUAGCUCUGUCCUGCCUUCUAGGGCUUGCUUCAUCUGGGGCAGGUGGUCUCUGAACCAGAACCGGGAGAAGAUGGGUGGAAGCUUAGCCUUGGGAGGCUUUGCUUUCCUUGGAGUUUUUUCUGGCUUCUGAAGUAAAGGAGUCACCAUGGCAACUGAAGAGUCCAUCAUCCGCAUCCCGCCAUACCACUACAUCCAUGUGCUGGACCAGAACAGCAACGUGUCCCGCGUGGAGGUCGGGCCAAAGACUUACAUCCGGCAGGACAAUGAGAGGGUCCUGUUUGCCCCCAAGCACAUGGUGAUGAUCCCCCCACGCCACUACUGCACAAUAACCAACCCGGUGGCCCGGGACGCCCAGAACGCCGUGCUGUUCGACGUCACGGGACAAGUACGGCUCCGCCACGCUGACCUAGAGAUCCGGCUGGCCCAGGACCCCUUCCCCCUGUAUCCAGGGGAGGUGCUGGAAAAGGACAUCACCCCACUGCAGGUGGUUCUGCCCAACACCGCCCUCCAUCUUAAGGCGCUGCUGGAUUUUGAGGAUAAGAACGGAGACAAGGUGGUGGCAGGAGAUGAGUGGCUAUUUGAAGGACCUGGCACGUAUAUCCCCCGGAAGGAGGUGGAGGUUGUGGAGAUCAUUCAGGCAACAGUCAUCAAGCAGAACCAGGCCCUGCGGCUGAGGGCCCGCAAGGAAUGCUGGGACCGGGAGGGGAAAGAGAGAGUGACAGGAGAAGAAUGGCUGGUCCGUUCCGUGGGUGCGUACCUUCCCGCAGUGUUUGAGGAGGUUCUCGAUGUGGUGGAUGCUGUGAUCCUUACGGAAAAGACAGCCCUGCACCUCCGGGCGCGGCAGAACUUCCGAGACUUCAGGGGAGUGACCCGCCGCUCUGGGGAGGAGUGGCUGGUGACCACGCAGGACACAGACGCCCACGUACCAGAUGUCUAUGAGGAGGUGAUGGGGGUCGUGUCCAUCACCACCUUGGGUCCCCACAACUACUGUGUGAUUCUCGACCCGGUGGGACCAGAUGGCAAAAACCAGCUGGGGCAAAAGCGUGUGGUCAAGGGAGAGAAGUCUUUCUUCCUCCAGCCCGGGGAGAAGCUGGAACGAGGCAUCCAGAACGUAUACGUGCUGUCGGAACAGCAGGGGCUGCUACUGAGGGCCCUGCGGCCCCUGGAGGAGGGGGAGGGUGAGGAGAAGGUCUCCCACCAGGCGGGGGACCGCUGGCUCAUCCGUGGACCCCUGGAGUACGUGCCACCUGCCAAGGUGGAGGUGGUAGAAGAGCGUCAGGCCAUCCCGCUGGAUGAGAACGAGGGCAUCUACGUGCAGGACGUCAAAACCGGAAGGGUGCGUGCUGUGAUUGGGAGCACCUACAUGCUGACCCAGGAUGAAGUCCUGUGGGAGAAGGAGCUGCCUCCGGGGGUGGAGGGGCUGCUGAACAAGGGGCAGGACCCUCUGGCGGACAGGGGUGAGAAAGAGACAUGCAAGACUCCUAGGCCCUCCGCUCCCCGGAACAAGACCCACGUGGUCAGCUACCGUGUACCCCACAAUGCCGCGGUGCAGGUGUACGACUACCGGGAGAAGAGAGCCCGCGUGGUCUUUGGGCCAGAGCUGGUGUCGCUGGGUCCCGAGGAGCAGUUCACGGUGUUGUCCCUCUCAGCUGGGCGACCCAAGUGUCCCCACGCCCGCCGCGUGCUCUGCCUGCUGCUGGGGCCUGACUUCUUCACGGACGUCAUCACCAUCGAAACCGCAGACCACGCCAGGCUCCAGCUGCAGCUUGCCUACAACUGGCACUUUGAGCUGAGUGACCGGAAGGACCCCCAAGAGACGGCCAAGCUCUUCUCAGUGCCCGACUUCGUGGGUGAUGCCUGCAAGGCCAUCGCGUCCCGGGUGCGAGGGGCCGUGGCCUCUGUCACCUUUGAUGACUUCCAUAAGAACUCAGCCUGCAUCAUUCGCACUGCUGUCUUUGGCUUUGAGACACCAGAAACCAAGGGGUCUGACAGCAUGGCCCUGCCCCAGCCCCGGGACCGGGCUGUCUUCCCCCAAAAUGGGCUGGUGGUCAGCAGUGUGGAUGUGCAGUCGGUGGAGCCCGUGGACCAGAGGACCCGGGACGCCCUGCAGCGCAGCGUCCAGCUGGCCAUUGAGAUCACCACCAACUCCCAGGAGGCAGCUGCCAGGCACGAGGCUCAGAGACUAGAACAAGCAGCCCGCGGCCGGCUUGAGAGACAGAAGAUCUUAGACCAAUCAGAAGCUGAAAAAGCUCGCAGGGAGCUCUUGGAGCUGGAGGCUCUGAGCACCGCAGUGGAGAGCACUGGGACCGCCAAGGCAGAGGCCGAGUCCCGAGCAGAGGCGGCGCGCAUUGAGGGAGAAGGCGCUGUGCUCCAGGCCAAGCUCAAGGCAGAGGCCUUGGCCAUUGAGACGGAGGCUGAGCUCCAGCGAGUAAAGAAAGUGCGAGAGCUCGAACUGAUCUAUGCCCGGGCCCAGCUGGAGCUGGAGGUGAGCAAGGCCCAGCAGCUGGCUGAGGUAGAGGUGAAGAAGUUCAAGCAGAUGACAGAGGCCCUGGGUCCCAGCACCAUCAGGGACCUUGCUGUGGCAGGACCGGAGAUGCAGGUAAAACUGCUCCAGAGCCUGGGCCUAAAAUCAGCCCUCAUCACUGAUGGCUCUGCCCCCAUCAACCUCUUCAACACAGCUUUGGGUCUGCUGGGGCUCGGGUCUGAGGCCCAGCCCACAACCAAGAAGGCAGCUUCGGCGCCCAGUGCCCAAGAGGGCUUGCUUCUCCCCUCCACUGCUGGCCCUCUAACUCUUGGAAGCAACCAGGUCAUGCCUUAGCUCCCUACUGCACUGCCAAAUAAAACGGACACUUCUGGGCAUUUAAA